AUGUCGAAAAUAGAAUAUGUACAAUCAACUCAUGGUAAAACUCAUGUAUGUUAUGAAGGUUUUCGUUAUUAUUGUCACCGUAAAAAUGAUGAUGAUUCAAAGUAUUGGAAAUGUGUUAAAAAAUCUUGUCGUGUUGGUUUAACAAUAAAACCAGAUGGUACAAUUAAGAAACGUGCUGAUCAUGACCACUUGCCAAAUGAAGCUGAUAAAGAAGUGUUGAUUAUACGCCAAAAUUUAAAACGCAAAAAUUCAACCGUAUGCCAAGAUGUUGUAAUUCAGUUACCAUCUAUUGCAACAAUGAGAAAUAAUCUUCAAAAGAAACGUCGCAAAACAAGACCACCACUUCCCAAGAAUAUUACCGAGUUACCACAUCCAGUUCCAAUUAACUACCAAAAGAGUUUAAAUGGCGAACAAUUUGUACUUUAUGAUGGUUUAAUAGAUGGUUCACGAUGUAUUAUAUUUUCGACGCCAACUGAUAUGUUAUACUUAUCUCAAAGUGAAAUGUGGUACUGUGACGGGACAUUCUACGUUUGCCCAUCAAUAUUUUAUCAGAUUUAUUCUAUCCAUGGGUAUAAUGAUGAUGGUAUUAUGGCACCUUACGUAUAUUGUUUAUUACCUGGCAAAUCCGAAACAUUAUAUACUGGUAUGUUUGAAAAAAUAUUUCAACAGAUGAACCAAAUGAAUUUACCAAUACGAUUACGUCGUGUCACAACUGAUUUUGAAUUAGCUGUUGCGAAUGUAUUCCACAAAUAUUAUCCAUACGUUGAAGUGAAAUAUUGUUUAUUCCAUUUCGGACAAAAUUUAUUUGGAAAAUUUCAGGAUUUAGGUACAUGCUUACAGACAGCGUAUAAAGAUGACGAACAGCUGCGUAUAUGGUUCAGAUCAUUUGCUGCUGUGGCAUUAUUACCACUUUCGCACAUGAUAUUUGGUUUUAAUUAUUUGAUACAAAACAAACCAAACUAUCUACAACUGACAUGUUUUGUACAGUAUUUUUAUCAAACAUAUGGCGCAUUUGGUACUUUUCCACCGCCCACGUACAAUCAUUUUAUGAAUUUCUCACCGCGCACAACCAGUCAUGUGGAAGGUCAUCAUUUGAAAUGGAAAAAACGUAGUACAGCAGCUCAUCCGAAUAUUUAUUGUACAAUUGAUUUACUGCGUCAAGAACAAUCACUUGGCGCAUUUAAUGCGUUUCGAGAUCAUAUGGGUGCACCACAGCCAAAACGACGUCGUGAUCAACAAAUAGCCGAGAAUUCCCUUCAGAAAUUAUGGCAACGAUAUUCGGAAGCAAAAACAGAUUUGGUUUCAUUCUUAAAUACAGCAGGACUUAGAUAUUUUAACUAUUUAGAACAAUAG